AUGGUUGUCUCUCAGCACGUGCUUGCUGAUGGUCCUUUGUUAUCGGAUCCUACACUUUACAGAUCUCCUGUUGGUGCUCUCCAGUAUCUGAUCAUCACCCAUCUAGAUAUUACUCAUGCUAUUAACUCUGUUAGUCAGUUUCUUCACUCCCCAACUGAAGAACACUUUCUUGUUGUCAAACGCAUUCUUCGCUAUGUUAAAGGCACGUUGCAAUUUGGCCUUACUUUUCAUCCAUCUGCUGCUCUUUUGGGCAAGUUGCCCAAAUACUUCAAUUGCUCUACCUCUAGUUACUCUAUUAAUCUCGGUGGCAAUUUGAUUUCUUGGAGUGCCAAGAAGUAUCUUACUAUUUCUCAUUGUAGUUGUGAAUCUGAAUAUCGUGCUUUGGCUCUCACUGUCCCUGUACUCCUUUGUUUCAUGCAUCUAUUUAAUGACCUCAAAGUUUCAAUUCCACAGCAACCACUCUUCCCAUGUAACAACAAGAGUGCUAUCUUCUUGAGCUCUAGUCUGGUUUCUCACAAAUAA